AUGGAUUUGAUGGAAACCAUGGCCGUUGAUCGUAUGAUCAUCACAGAUAAUCCAAGUCCAAGAAUCUCAUUUUCUGAUGAGGUUGCAAUGUUUAAAGACACUCCAUAUCGCUCAGAUUCUGCACAGUUUGACUCAGCUUCUGAUUUUGAUUUCUGUAUUACCAGUAACGGAACUUGUUUGGCUGAUGAGCUGUUUUCAGAUGGCCUAAUUCUACCUCUUCAACUUCAAGAAAAGUUUGUUAAAUCGAAACAGCUUUCGACGUCUAAGCCUCCACUGCCACUUCCUCCAACGAAUCAGAAUUUAAAGCAGGAAAGCAUUGAUCAAAAGCAUCAAUCAAAGGCACCUUUCUGGCAUUUGAAGAGAAGUAGUAGCCUUCAUUGUGAUCAUAAUUCCAAGAAAAGUUCAAUUUGGUCUUCGAUAUCGCGUAGUAAUUCAACAGGCUCUGUGCCCAAUUCGAAGAAGCUGUCCAAGAAUUCUUCUGCGAAGGUUUGUUCACAAAAGCCGCCAUUAUGGAAAAAUCCUAGAGGGCCUUAUGGUACUGGUGUUCAGAUUAGUCCAGUAUUGAAUGGACCACCUCCUUGUAUUAUUUCUGUGAAUACUGGUAAUCUCUUUGGUUUGGGGACAUUGUUUCGCAAUGGAAAAGGCAAGAACAUCAAGAAAUGA